AUGGCGAGCGCCACCAUUGCUGCUGGUCCUACGUUUUCGUUGCAGCUUCGGCAUCAAGUAUUCGGGAGUGUCGGAAUUAGUAAUCUACGGCAGCACCAAGGACAUAGUUUGUUAUUUACACCAGCAGCAUCUACUAUAAGGAAGAGAUUUUGUCCAUCUAUAAGCAUGUAUCAGGUUGGGAAAUCGUUGUCUGAUGGAACCUUCAACAGCGUUGUGUGUUCCAGCACUGUUGAAGGCGCAGAUAAGCUUUCAACGGAUCAAUCUCGAGUAUCAAGGCUAGUUAGCAGGGGCUGCAAGCUAAUAGGAUGUGGCUCUGCAGUACCAGCUCUAAAAAUAUCCAAUGAUGAUCUUGCAAAAAUUGUUGAUACUAAUGAUGAGUGGAUAUCUGUUCGGACAGGAAUUCGUAACCGUAGAGUUCUUUCAGGCAAAGACAAUUUAACAGAUCUGGCUGCAGAGGCUGCAAGGAAAGCUCUUGAGAUGGCAGAGGUUGAUCCUAAUGAUAUUGACCUAAUCUUGCUAUGCAGUUCAACUCCAGAAGACCUUUUUGGUAGUGCUCCGCAGAUCCAAAAAGCACUUGGCUGCAAAAGCAAUCCAUUGGCUUUUGAUAUUACAGCUGCUUGUAGCGGGUUCAUGUUGGGUUUGGUAUCUGCUGCUUGCUAUAUCAGAGGUGGUGGUUUUAAAAAUGUUCUUGUUGUCGGGGCUGAUGCUCUAUCUCGCUAUGUUGACUGGACAGAUAGAGGGACAUGUAUUCUCUUUGGUGAUGCUGCCGGUGCUGUAGUGAUGCAGGCCUGUGAUAUUGGAGAAGAUGGUUUAUUUGGUUUUGACUUGCAUAGUGAUGGUGAAGGUCAAAGGCACUUGAAUGCUUCGUUCAAAGAGAAUGAAUCAGAUCGUGCAUGCGGUACAAAUGGUUCUGUUAUUGGUUUUCCACCAAAAACUUCCUCUUACUCUUGCAUACAGAUGAAUGGUAAAGAGGUCUUUAGAUUUGCUGUCCGUGUUGUGCCACAAUCAAUAGAAGCAGCUUUAGAGAAUGCAGGUCUUCCUCAGUCUAAAAUUGAUUGGCUGCUUCUCCACCAGGCAAAUCAAAGGAUUAUUGAUGCAGUAGCAACACGUUUGGAGGUGCCAUCGGAACAUGUUAUAUCAAAUUUGUCAAAUUAUGGCAAUACGAGUGCUGCAUCGAUACCCUUGGCACUGGAUGAAGCUGUUCGAAGUGGGAAAGUGCAAGCAGGCCAUGUCAUUGCUGCUGCUGGAUUUGGUGCGGGCCUUACGUGGGGAUCUGCAAUACUCAGAUGGGGGUAA